AUGUCGUCAUCAUUAUACACCACAGAAGCCGCGCUUGCGGACCCAGUGCCCACCGUGGCCUCCAUCCUACCUUUCAAAGUGUCGUUCCCCGACUCUGAGCUCCAGGAUUUGGUCAGUCGCCUGAAGAAUCCCCGCUACGCGCAAGAGCAACUGCUACCUCAGGACCCUCGCAGCGCCCAGCUGACUCCGACGCCAGCAUGGAUCCAGAACGUAGUCGAGAAUUUCUGGCUCAAUGAAAACGAAUUCACGCUCAAAGGCAUGAUCGAUGAGAUGAACAAGUAUCCCCAUUUCGUCGCCGAAGUCGACUGGUGCAAGCAGCUGCACUUUGUAUAUGUUCGCAGCUCAAGGAAAGAUGCUAUCCCGCUCUUGCUGCUGCACGGGUGGCCUGGCGCGUUCCAUGAAUUUUACCCUUCAGUUGAUGGGCUUGUCGAGCCAGAGAAUCCCGAUGACCCCGCAUUCCACGUUGUCAUUCCCUCCCUGCCGGGGUUUCUCUUCAGCUCACCACCUCCAACAGGAGCAAGGAUGAUUGGUGACGUACACGGAUACGCUCGCAUCAUCAAUGCUCUGAUGAUCGCGCUUGGCUAUGGUGGCUCAGCUUCCUCGGCCGAGUCCAUCGCUAAGUCUGGGUCACCAUGGAAAGGCUAUGGUGUUCAAGGAGGCGAUUGGGGUUCGGCUGUUUCUCGCGCUAUUGCAAACGUCAACGGGUCGAGAGCACGGGCAGUGCACUUGAAUUUUUGCCCUGCCCGGCCAAGCGGACUCAUUGGCGGGACAGCGUACAACGCCUAUCUCUCCAUCCCAAUGGGCAUGAAAAAGUGGCUAGCGAAUUUCCUAGGAGAGGAGGCUCGCAAGUCGAUCGCGAAGACGGAAUCUUUUCAAGCUUCCAUGGCGUACUACCACGUUCAGCAUUGGCGACCUGCGCAGCUUCUCACUGCACUCACAGACUCUCCUCUUGGUAUGCUAGGCUGGAUCGGAGCCUUCCUUCAAGACCCACUUCCGCCGCUCACACCUGGAGAGAGCAAAACGCUAACAGUCAAAGCUCUUCUGACGAACGUAUCCAUGUUCUGGCUCACGCGCUCGAUCGGCACUUCCUUCCUGCUGUACACGGUCAACGCCUUCCUGCCCGACAUCGUCAUGGACCCGCAACAAUUCAUUCGUGUGCCCUUUGGGUUCACAGAGUUCCCACGCGAGCUUGCCAGCACACCAGCAUUGUGGGUUGCAGGGACCGGCAACCUCGUCUGGGCAGCAAAAGCGAGCAAAGGUGGGCACUUUGCGGCGCUCGAGGUGCCAGAGGUGUAUGUCGAGCACAUGCGCAAUGCCUUUGCGAAGCAGGGCCACGCGAGGAGAACCAAGGGCGAAGGAGAAGGAGGCAUUGUGAAGAUGGAUGUUGCCAAAGCCGGCCUAUGGGAUCGCGAGUACAGAGAUAUUGGCGAGAAGCUGAGCUGA